UUCGCUUGACGCCGCAGUGGCAGCGAUGGCCCAGACAGCCAACACCGAAGAGGUGUUGUAAUGUAACAUGGUGACAAAGAUGAUCAGCCUUGCCCUUGUAAUUACAGUCUAGAGAUUGUAAUUAACAAAGUGCUCGGUCUGGUUGGACUGCCCCAUCCGCUGUCUAAGAAAUCACCUAGCUUUAAGUGACUUUUGAAAGCUUUACCACGUAUGUGUGUAUAUGUAUGAUAAAAAAAAACAUGAUCAUUAAUAACUAUAAAAAUUAAAAAAAAAGAUCAAGCAAACUGAACCCAAGCCAAAAAAAAAACAAAAAAUAAUAAAUAAUAAUAAUUAUUAUAAUAAACAAUAAAAAAAAAAAUCUUGUUUUAAAUAGUGACUUUGAAAUCUGAGGUUUUUAUAAAGUGCAUCAACAUAACCAAGAGGAGAAGAUAUUGGAGACUACCUCUGUGUGUCUGACUGUCUGCGUGUGAGAAGAGAUGAGCUAGACAUACCAGCUUGUGUUCAUAGUGAAUUAGACCGUCGUCAGUUUCGAGACCUAUUUUUGCUACCCGGAAGGAACCGUGAUACCUUAAGGCUGUGAUCAUUUUAAGUGGACGCCACAAUGGCAGCUCAGCAGCAGAUGACGGGAGACCAACAGAAGUUGAUGGAGGAGGUCAUGUGUGCCAUCAAAGCAUGCCUGAACUCGGUCAAGGGUGAGAUACCCAUGGAAACACUACACAAGGAUUACAGAGAGUUGGAGGGCAAACCAAUACCUUAUAGAGAGCUGCACCAUGCAACGCUAGCCAGCUUCUUGCAGUCAGUGCCUGAGGUUAUCCAGCUGAGAAAUCGUGGUGGCCAGCUCUUUGCCUCAUUGGUAAGGAAAGCAGGGGCAGCAGACCACAUUGGACAGAUGGUUGAUAGGCAGAAGACCACCAAAAAACAGCCAAAGGUCCGACAGAGGCCGGCACGUCACCCCAAAAGGCCAUCUGCUUGGGUACCUCCGUCAGGUGCACGCAAUGCUUCUUUUACUAAAAAGAUAGAGCAGUCCUGGCAAGAGCCUUUCAAGCCUUAUCCUGGUCCUAACUAUGGCACAUCCCGGCAUGCCAACACAACACUAAGACAAAAUUAUACACAGCAAAGAACAAAUCCAUCAUCUAAUCCAGACCCAAAGCUUAAUGACCCUAAUACCAAGGCAAACAACCCCGCUACGAGACAACACAACCCGAGACGAGGUACCAAAACUCCAUCUCCUGAACCGACGACCUCCUCUCCCAAACCCAGUAAUAAUGUGGGGAAGUCUGGACGCUAUUACAACGACGGAAACUUUGUCUUUCCAAGGGCUGUGCGUAACAACCAGGAUAAGCAGUAUGCCCCUUACUUUGAGGUUCCUCCUCGCUUCAACAACAGUGUGAAGGGCAGUGAAGGUCAGCCUGGAGGCAAAACAUACAAGCAGCUUUUAGAAGAGAGGGUGAAAGAGCUCAGCAACGAUGAUGAAGUUGUUGUGUUCCGCACAAUCCCUUGGGGCAAGAAGAAACAGUUUUGGCUCUCUACUGUUACCAUCUUCAACAGGAAGGUGAGCAGUUUUCCAGAGGAGAAAGAGAAACCAGAGGAUGCAGAAGAACUAGUGGCUAAGAAUGCCCUGGAAUUGCUGCGGCAAAUGAACAAACCUGACCUGCCUGUUCAAAAAAACAUGGAUAUAUCGGUUCCUAGGGUCAAGGAGUUAUUGGCAGAGCAGAAUUCAGACAUCCUGUGGUGGGUACAUGUGCGGGAACUUUAUCAGAAUCGGUACCAAGAGAUACUGCCUGAGAAUUGGAUAAAAAGUGUUGACCAAAACAAGUCUGGCAUCCGCCUGGAGAACCCCUGCCAGGACCGUUGGACUGUCCGCCUGGCGCAACAGAAGAAUGAGAGCAGGCCACCUCGCACUACAUCUGUGCCAAACUACCUGGAUCAGCAUCUUUGUGCAAAGCCCCAGCCACUGAGACAGCCUUCGGCUGAAGCGUCUCAAGUGUAUGAUGAAUUCCGUCAACAUAUUGUAAAUGAACAACUGCAACAACAACUAGUUCAGCAGCAGCAACCACCACUACAACAACCUCAGGAACUGCAAUAUGAGAAGAAGGAAUUCAAUGAAAGGAGGCUAUUUGUGCCGAAGGGGAAAGAGGUAUCCUGUACUGAGGUUAUGACUGCGCUUGGAAACCUGCAUGUUGGUAAGGCAGAGGGAAGCCAGCAAGAGCCCUCUCAGAUUCCUCCUCUCGAGCUGCCAAAUUCAAAUUACUGGGAUAUCUAUGUCACCUACAUCCAGGACUUUAACAACAUCAAGUUCCGUCUGAUUGGCGACCAGUAUAGCAAUGCCUAUGAUGACUUGGUAACUGACAUGGAAUUGUAUUAUAUGGAAGAGAAAAACCUUUCUCCCGUGUCCGAAACCAUUGUCGGAAAAGUCUAUGCUGCGAGUUAUGAUGAGUCUUGGUUCAGAGUCCAGGUUUUAUCUAUUAAUGGUGAUCAGGUGACAGUUCUCUUCAUAGAUCAUGGAGAUGAGGAACAGCUGUCAGUCUCAUUGAUCCACAACCUUCAUAAGAAUUUCUGUAAUCUUCCAGCACAGAGUGUAUCUUGUGCACUAGCAGGCUUGGAGUAUGGAGGAAAAGACCAGUCUGCCCUAAAUCUCUUACAAACCUUAGCCCUUGGUCAGACUCUGGUUGGGCAGGUGGUCUCUCGCCAAGACAACAUCUCUCUUAUCUUGUUCAAUACAGCUACAGAGGAAGACAUCAACAUUAAUGAGAAAGUGUCACAGCAGCUUGACCUCAACUUCGUGGAGCCAACUCUUCCCCAGGUUGGUGGGGUAGCAGAGGUAUAUGUGAUGCAUGUCACCUCUAGUGGAGAUAUUUAUGUUCAGAUCGAGACAGAGACCUUCAAGCUGCUUGAGAACCUCUUAGAGAUGGCAAGAAGUCGAACUGAAGAGAUGCUGGGAGAAGAUGUGAAGAUAGACCCAACCCGCCUUUACCUCGCCCAGUUCUCUGAAGAUGGCCAGUGGUACCGUGCAGCACCUCGAAGCAGUGUUGACCCAGAUGGCAAGGUUUUGAUGUGGUUUGUGGACUUUGGCAACUCUGACCGAGUGCCGUCCGCCAGCCUAAGGCCGCUGGAAGGUGUCAAUGAACGUCUGACCAAAAUCCCACAUCAGGCCCUCUUAUGUCGCCUGCACAAUGUACCAUCCGCUGGCCUGGAAUGGACUGAACGUGCUUGUCACCGAUUAAUGGAGCUGUUGCCAGAGGACUCACCUCUGCUUCUCAAGGUGCAAGCUGUGAAAAGUAAUGGUCCUCCAUUGGUUGAGCUAUUCAAGCGUUUGCAACCUCAAAACGAGUUGGUAUCCAUAAAUGCCACACUCGGCAUAGACAACAGUCUCUUCAGAAAUGAUGGAGAUAGCAAUAACAAUAGUGUCAACAAGGAGGUGGUCCUUUCCCCAUCGCGAACAAGAUCACGACGUUCUUCUACAAACAGUCAGACUUCAAGCAGCUCUGGUCUGAACUCUGGCCCAUCAUCUAUGAACAGUUAUUAUGAUUCGACCCCAACUUCGCCCCGUCCAGGAGCACUGAUUCCUAUGGAGGUGCCUCGUGUUGGGGAAUACUUCGAUGUUUAUGUAACUUAUGCGGCGAGCCCUUCAAACUUUGCUGUUCAGUCCUGGAAGAUGACAAAGAAGUUGUCUGCCUUGAUGUCUAAGAUGCAUGUAUACUACAACAAUGCGAACAAUCUUCAGACUCUAGAUGAACUUCAGGCUGGAGGUUUUUAUGCUGUCAAGCACAGUGACGAUUCUUGGUAUAGAGCGCAAGUGAGCAUGCAUCAAGGUGACAUAGUAUCAGGAUUGUUUGUCGACUAUGGGGACUGCUUUAUAGUGACACGAGACAAUGUCCAGCCACUCCCCACUGCUUUCCAUGCUCUUCCGUACCAGGCAAUCAAGGCAAAAAUCAGUGGCAUAUCAGCGGCAAACCUAGACUGGACUCCAGAGGACUGUUGCCGCUUCCAGGAGCUCGUUGAAUACCGCGAGUUUGUCUCAAUUGUGGCAAACAUUGAAUCCGCAAAUGACAGUGAUGGCUAUGUAAUCUCGCUUAGACUUAUUAACACAUCAGACCCCAAACUUGAUGUAUACAUUGAUCAAAUAUUGGUGGAUGAGGGUAGAGCAGUGAGACAGCAUGUGCAGUAGGUUAUUUUGGUAUUGUAUUGCUUUUGUUUACAUUGUAUUUGCAUGUGUAUUUAGACGGAAAGCUAUGCACAGGAAGUAUGCAAAUUGUUUCAAGGGUCAGAGAUAGACACUUGGAAGAGAUUGUUUAUGCAGCUAAGUUAAAGUUUGUAAAAGGGUUUGCCGAGAUGUAGUUUCAACUUAUUAGCUGUAUGAGUAUAUUUUUUCUUGGGCUUUUUCUCCCCGUCUUUUUUGGUAUGAUCAUGCCGAAUUGAGUAAGAAAUGCACAUUACUUUUUUUUUUUUUUUUUUUUUUGUAAGCAUCAUUGUUUUGGAACUGUUUGUUAUUUAAUCUUGUACAGUUUGCUUGUGUGAUGUCUUACGUUAGUUUGCUUAUGAGAUAUCCUAAUGUAUGCUUAAAACACCUACUGUCUUGGGAAAAAAAAAUAUUGAAAAAAAUAAUAACCUAUUUAAAGGAAUAUAACCAUAGUUUCACUGAGCAGCUUGUAAGCAUAAAUUUUAGUAUUUCUUAAAUAUAUAUAAUAUAAAGAGAUAAGACCAUGUGCUGUCUCCUGUUCUGUAAAAGGGAGAUAAGGUUUAGAUCUGUAAGCCCCCCACAUUAUCUGAACAAUGUAUUUGUGUAUUAUUGCAGAUUUCAGUAAGACUUGUAAACGUUUUUUUAUAUAUAUUGUAGCAAGGCUUAUUGAAAUGCUGAUGAAAGCUUUAAGCUGGAAAAAGUCAUCACCAAUAUAUCUGUGAUUGUUCCGUUCUUCCCAGUAUUGUUCUAGCAGUCUGUUCUUGUUUGUAGACAUAGCCUGCUCUGUGGAAUUUCUAAGUGGAGAGGAUAUUGUGCUGAUUUUUAAAAAUAUCUCAAGUUAUAGUUUCUCUUGAAAAUUUACUCAUUACUUGCCUUCCCCCUAGCAAGCAAGCAAGCAAACAAGCAAGCAUGAUGUACUGUAAGAGAACCUCAGAUAUGGUGCAAGGGGGACCAUAAUAUGGGCUGCUUGGGCUCAACUUGUUUAUUGGCAUCUAGAUGUAGAUUGCCCCAUAACAGUUCUGACAAUAAAACCUAAAAAAAAAACGUGUAAAAACAAAACUUUAAAAAAUCAUACAAAAAAAAUAAUAAAUAAAAAAAAGGAUACCAAAAAACAAAGGGAACGAUCUAAUAUUCAAACAUGAUUGCAUUAUUGUAUGGCUUUCUACUUACCAUAUUCUUAUUUCCAACCUCAUAAAAAAAAAGAAACCACUAUAACUAGUUUGACCUAGUCAUUGCAUCUCCAGGUUACUUUCCAGGACAUAAGCCAAAUGUGUUUCUAUUUACUUAUGCAAAGGGACACAUAAGGCCAUUAAACCAAGCCGUAUUGGUUGCCAGAGUUUAAUGUAGACUGGAACGAGUCUAUUUGGGAUCACAGCACUUAUUUUCAAAACGAUCCGUAAUUUAUUUAAAGCUGUAUAUGUAUUUGGAAUGAAAUAUAUGCAAGAAAACACAAAAAAAAACUACUUUAGUUACAGACUUAUCCACCAAAGAGUUUUCAUUUUAUCUUUUCUGUUGUUUCUCAGGACAGAAUAACAGUUUCCUGUUUGUUAUCUGUGUUCUCUAUAAAUGUGUAAGGAUGUAAUUACGCUUAAACACUAAAUAUUUUAUUUUACCUCAGUAUUCCUUUGUAAUAUUAACCCAUGAAAAUCCAGGUGGUUGGAAAGUAUUAUAUUGUGUUUGGAGAUUAGAUUCAAUUGUUUAUGCAACCAUAUGUUUAUUUUAUACCAAUCAAUAUGGAAAACCAUAAUAAAGCUAAAAGGAAACUU